UCACGCCGCAGCACACGUGUGGAGGGAGCCGUGAGGAGAAACGGAGGAGCUGAAAACUCUGCACAUUUAAACCUCAGCGCUUUGUGGCGCAGCCUGUGGUCCGAGACCUUUCCGUCCCGCAAUGGGAGGCUUACAGAAGAAGAAGUAUGAGAGUGGGUCAGCCACCAACUACAUCAGCAGAAACAAGGCCCGCAAGAAGCUGAGCCUGAGCCUGGCUGAUUUCAGACGAUUAUGCAUAUUGAAAGGAAUUUACCCACAUGAACCCAAACACAAGAAGAAGGUCAAUAAAGGCUCCACAGCUCAGAAGACCUUCUACCUGCUCAAGGACAUUCGCUUCCUGUUGCAUGAGCCCAUCGUCGGCAAGUUCAGGGAGUACAAGAUAUUUGUGCGUAAGCUGCGUAAAGCCUAUGGUAAAGGAGAAUGGGGAGGAGUGGAGAAGCUGAGAGAGAAUAAGCCUGCAUACAAACUGGACCACAUUGUGAAGGAGAGAUAUCCAACGUUCGUUGAUGCUCUUCGGGACACUGAUGAUGCUCUGUCGAUGUGCUUCCUGUUCUCUACGUUCGCUCGCACGGGAAAGUGCCACGUUGAGGCGAUCCAGUUGUGCCGUAGACUCAGUGUGGAGUGGAUGAACUAUAUCAUCGCCUCGCGCUCACUCAGGAAGAUCUUUCUGUCCAUCAAGGGAAUUUAUUACCAGGCUGAAGUGCUGGGACAGACCAUCACCUGGCUGGUACCAUAUCAGUUUGCUCAUGAUCACCCCACAGAUGUGGACUACAGAGUUAUGGCCACUUUUACAGAGUUCUACACCACACUGCUCGGCUUUGUCAACUUCCGCCUCUACCAGACCCUCAACCUUGUCUACCCCCCUAAGCUUGAUGGGAAGGGAGAGACAGAGCUCAAAGCUGAAUUUGAAGAGGACUACGCCAUGGGUUCAGAAAGCUAUUUGGAGAAAUUGUCUGCGCUAAGUGCCAGUCUUGCCCGUGUCAUGUCUUCAGCUGAAGAUGAGGAAGCAGAGCUGGACCACUUUCCUGUAGAAGGGGAUGAUAUGGAGAAGAUGGAGGCGAGGGAGAAGGCUCAGCAGGAGCAGGACAGACAGAAGAAGCUCUUUGAAGGACUGAAGUUCUUUCUGAACAGAGAAGUGCCCAGAGAAUCACUGGCCUUCGUUCUAAGGUGUUUUGGUGCUCAGGUUUCCUGGGAUAAAUCUCUGUGUAUCGGCAGCACAUACGACAUCACUGACGAAACGAUCACACAUCAUAUAGUGGACAGACCCAGCCUGGACAAACAGUACAUGAACAGGUACUAUAUUCAGCCUCAGUGGGUGUACGACUCUGUGAACGCCAAGAUGCUUCUGCCUGUGGAGGAUUACUUUUUGGGGGUGACUCUGCCCCCUCACCUGUCACCAUUCGUGGAGGAGAAGGAAGGCGAUUAUGUUCCUCCAGAGAGGCUCAAACUCCUCGCUCUCCAGAAAGGAGAGAGACCUGUUACAGAGCAGGAUGAGGAUGAAGAAGAGGAUGAGGAAGAGGAAGAAGAUGAAGAUGAUGAUGAUGAUGAUGAUGGGGAGGAGGAGGAAGAGGAGGAGGCAGAGGCAGAGGAUGAGGCUAAGCUUAAGGAUAUGGAAGAGAAGAGAACUCAGGGCAAGGCCUUAUCAGUGAAGGUGACCCCUGGGAAGGCCAAGCAAGAGAACCGCCAGAGACUGGAGCAGGAGGAGAAGGCUGAGGAGAAGAGGCUAGCCAUCAUGAUGAUGAAGAAGAAGGACAAAUACCUCUACGAUAAGAUCAUGUUUGGCAAGAAGAGGAAAGUCAGAGAGGCUAACAAAAUGGCAGCCAAGAGAAAAGCUCUGGACGAGGCAAGCAAAUCUGACAGAAAGAAGAAGAAGUUGAAGAAAUAAUAGGAUGGAGAUGCAAAAGACUGUUAUUUUGUAUCUAUUAAAACAAUUCUCUCUGUUUAUUCUCUCCAACAGUGUGAUGGGUCUCUUCUCUAAAACAAUGUUAAUGCAAAUAAGUGGAAUAUUUGUACAAUAUUUUUUUGUCCAUUUUUAAUCCAGUGUGUUCAAGUCAAACUAACUCGCGAUAAUAUUAAAAUUAUCAAAUUUAAUCAA